GCUCUCUGUUUAUCGCGUGGUACUGUUGCCGGCGAGCGCCUCGCACUCACGUGCGUUUCGCGAACUCCGAGUUUUCCGGCGGCUGCCGAUUUACAUUAGCGUUCUAUGGUGUUUUUCAACAGUUUAUUGGUGCUAAUUCGUGCCGGGCGUUAGGAAAACAUUAGAGAGUCCGUUUAUUAGCUCGCGUUUUGUCGGUGUGGCAUAUAAAAAUUAUAGGUGUUUUCGGCGGAUGCGAUGAAUAAAUUUUGCAAAUCGAGUCUGUGUGUCGAAAAGAAGAAUCGUGAUAGCUAUGUUUUGAUCGGUCGGUGUGGUGUGCCGGGCGGCUUGGAUGCGAUUCGGCUCGCACUCAUCCUGACAUCUUCAAGAUUUCGGUGUCUUUUGGACUGCGACUUUGUGCGACAUAUGGACAUUGGAGUUAAAAACACACUGGACUCUCACGCUGUACCCGGCGCAUAUUAAGAUCACGAACGUUACCAACGUUACCAUAACCCGUGAAGACUUCUAUUUGUAAGACUAAAGUGCCAUCGGGAACCAGUUUACCACGAUCAGUGAUAUUUAGUGUUAACUUAGUGUUAGUGUAUCCGUGAUAUAGACUAGUAUUUAUAGUUUUAUUGUGAAACGUGACCAAAAAGAAGCGAAGCUGGCUCCCUACAAGGAUAUAAUGAAUUCGUCGAGCAUGAGCUCAGCCGUGCCGACAAUCAAAUGUGAAGACACGUCUCCGUCGCCGACGGCUGCCGUCGGCACCGACGGGGAACCUGGUGCCUUCCUCAGCGUUAAUCUGAACGCUGCAAUGAUUAACCUCCUGGCGGCAGAGAAUGCGGGCACCACCACCUUACGGACCCCGGAAAUCGUGAAUGACGUCAUAACCAUGACGAACCCCUUAGACCAGUAUAAUUAUGACAAGAAUUCAAACUUUAAGAGCAUAAGCGGGAAUGACUCUAACUCAUCCAUGUCGAAUGGCUCGUCAGCCACUUCACCAGCCUCUGCUACUCCGCCGAGUAUACAAAAGACGUGUUCGGAAUUAAUAAAGGCUGGCUUGAAGUUGUCGAUAGAGUCGAAGCGGAAGAUGUCCGGCAGCGACACGGAUGGCGGCAUGAAACGGAUGAAAAAGGAGGAAAGCGACGACGACUAUGAUAGCAGUCAUACACAGCCACCGAAGAAUGAGUUAACACCCGAAGACGAAGAGCGUAGACGUCGGAGGAGAGAACGGAACAAAAUAGCAGCGACCAAGUGUAGGAUGAAGAAACGGGAACGUACUGUGAACCUCGUCAACGAGAGCGAAGUACUGGAGAACCAGAAUAUUGACCUCAAAGCGCAACUUAAGGAUUUGGAGGUGCAGAAACGACAGCUGAUGGAUAUGUUAUCCGUCCACGCGGCGUCAUGUCUCAAGAACAAUUCCAACCGAACGUCCCCAACGACGUCGUACAACAUGCUGCGUUCAUUCGAGUCCCCAACAACAUUCCCCGUCAACUUCGACGCUCACUCACCUUACAUUAGACCCGAAUCUGCCAACAUCCUCGCUUCCAGCUACACUUGCGUCACACCCCUCAACGGGAAUUCUUCCAUAGACAGCAUAUCCCCUCUAGACUCUACUUACAUCGCACCCCAGACCAUAGACGUCGAUUACAGCAGACCAGACAGUGUCCUCAGUCUUCCGCCCACUUCGGACGCAAACUACAUCACCACUGACGGAUACUUGCCCAAAGCUACCAACAUCCUCGGCCCCAUUGAACAGGAAGCCGAGUACUAUGACUCCGAACUGAAUUACAACGUCUCGAGCCAACAAUGCCACACUUACCCCGGCACUAUUCAAGACGCUCAAACGAAACUCAACAAUCUAAACGACGGCUGUUUAGUUUAGCCGAAGGGUAAGUAUCUCUCCGUCGGGUCCAAAAUUUACUUUCGACAUGUAUACGUAUUUAGAUCUUGAAUAAUUCGAAAUGUUCAUCAGUCUUCACAUCGUUUCGCUUCCAAUUCUGUGAUUAAAAAUUUAUUGGUUGUUUAUGUUGAAAUUAUAGUUGACGAAAGGAUUAUUUCGAAACGAAAUUGUAUGUCUACUGUGUAGAACAACAACGUAGAAUAGUGCGGUGCCCGUUAGCUCUUUGGAUUGAAAUUUCAUUAAAAUUAAACAGUUGAGCCCCAGAGCCACGACACGGCUCAUUAUAUUCAAUAUAUUUUAUUUGUGUUUACAAAGUGUUGUGAAAAUAAUUUUGAGUCACCGUUGUCAAAUAACAUUAAACUGUGUAACAGUUUCCUUAGUUAGAUACACGUACAUAAUAUUUAAUUAAGUUGUUUUACUCUAACAUUACCGCAUCGUUAUAAGUUCUAUAAUUUUGCUUUGAUCUGUACAAAAUAUUUAUUAAAGUUUAAGAUCUGAUUAUCAUUACGCACUAAGAUGUCGGGUAUUUUGAAUAUCCCCAUUUAGCCGCCAUAAGUCUAGUCGACUUUCGACACCAAAUACACAAAACAUCACAUGAUAUCUUCCAGUACAAUACAAAUAGAAUACCUCCUGUUGAAAUUCCAAAAGUAUAUUUUAUGUUAAAGAAAUUAUUUUCACAGAUUAUAAAGGGAUAUAUUACCGUAUUGUGUAAGAUUGCAUAGUUUAAGACGCUUUAACUCGAGAGUAAGAAGUGAUAUAUUGUAAUGAAUGAAUAGGUAUAACUUGUUAUAACUAAUUACUCUAUAAAUUUUAUGAUAUUCAGCUUUUAUAUUUCUCAGCUAUUUGACACAAAGUGUCCCACUUAAACCUAUCGUAAGUGCCUAUAUUUAUUUGUUACUUGGUAAUUAUUGAUAUAAUAUUUUCUUCUUGACAUUUUAAUUGUAUCGUAUGUUAAAAUUAAUUAAUAUUAAGAAGUUUUAAAAAUGUAUAAGAGAUAUUCUAUAAUUACUAAUGAAAAAUGACAUAAUGGAUAUGAUAUUUUGAUUAAAUAAUAUUUAAUUAACACUUUACAUAUUUGCAAGAAAGGUGAGAAAUAACUACAAUACAAUACAGUUAAAAAACUAUUAUGGCCAACCAAUGUCGAUUUUACCAGGUAAGGUACCUACCAAUAGUAAAGUUUUAAAAAAAUAUGCCUUUAUCAUCCCUGAUGAUCUGCUUUACAUCAACGCACAUAAAAUAAAUAUGCAGAAGAAUUUUAUAACAUUAAAUGUAUUUUUAUUCUGAUCCAUAUUCGAUGUAAGUUAUAGCUGGAUGCCUUAGACAGACCGUGCCUUUUACCAGUGAACCUAGUCUUACGACUGCUGGCAGUGACAAUCGAAGCAGUCAGUCGCGCAAGCAUUUAUUUUUAUAGAUUUGUGAUAAUCUAGAAUAAAGCAUCUUUGGCACAAAUCAAAUCUUUAUAUUUUAAUAAGAAAUUACGCCUCUGCUUAAUUUAACGUAGGAUUUACAUAGAGUUAUAGAGUAACCGUUAAUGUUCUGUUAUUUAUGGUAUGCUAUCAAAAUGUAUGCUUAAUCUGUGGUUAUUAUUGUGUGGGUGAUUUGACCUCAAAGUAAUCUUUCGUUGAGAUUGUCUUUAGAAGGUUCGUUUAUUGUGUUAGGGUAGCAUUGAUAACAAUAUUAAAAAUUAAACAUCUACGAUUCAAAUUUUAACAUUACAUAUUUAUGUAAGUUUUGUAACAACAGGAUAUAUUUUCAUUUAUGUAUUUUUAAUUUUUCCUAAAAAUUAAGUUACAAAUUAACUGCGUAUUUUAAUUUUAAAUGGAAAGUACAUAUGUACGUGAAUAUGAAGAAUUAAAAGAAGUGUUAACUUUAAACAUAUCUGUCUGUAUUGAUAUAAAUUGUAUAAAGUACUGGUUUUAUGAUUUUAUUUUAUGUUUUAACGAAGAAGCAAGACUAUCAGAUAUAUUUUGUAUUAUAAGACAUAUUAUAUUUAACAUUUGAACCAUGUCACAAAAAAGUGUGCUUAACUUAAAAGUGUAAAUAAAUAAUAAUUUCAACGAGAAUGUACCAAUCACUGUGAAACACACUAUAUUUUAUAUUAUUGAAGAUUUUAUAUAACUGUCACGUAUUAUAUUUGCCUUUUAAAAUUUGGAAUAAGUUGGAUUUGUUGCUAUAAAUUUUAUAAUUAGACUUUGUAAGUGUUGAACAUCACUUGUACCUGCUUCUUGAUUAUAAAUAUUUUGACAAUCGAAGCAAAAUUACUGUGCUUAUUUACUUAAAAAUAAAUCAUAUAUUGCAUAUUA